CUUUUACUGACACACACACACACACACACACACACACCCUGACACAACCACACACACUCUGUAGUGCGGAAGCGCGCGGUUUGGGACGCAGCCCGAAACCAGGACCGUGCUCUUCCGGUUGGAGAAACGCAGGCGUGUGCUCGUGUGUGUGCUCGUGUGUGUGUGUACGUUUGUGAACUUCUGAAGGCUAAGAGGGGGGACGAAGACACCCGGUCGCGCCAGAAAUGGCUCGCUUCGGUACCCAGCUGAGCUCCUACUCCCUCCUUCAGCUGUCCGAACUGCUCGAGGACGACGAGAAGCUCAGCAGCAUCGUGCUGGACCUGGACGAGGUGCAAGAGGUUCAGAAGAAUAAGGAAAUGAUCCUAGCCAGCAACCGGAGCCUGGCUGAGCAGAACCUCCAGCUGCAGCCCAGAUUAGAACUUCAGAAGAAUGAGUUGACGAAGCGCUACCACAGCCUUCAGGAACAGUUCGAGGCCUUCCAGCUUCACAAGUCCACGCUAGACCACAAGUCUGGCGAAACAUCCUUGGACACGUUACUCGCAUUGCUGCAGGCAGAAGGAGCCAAAAUUGAGGAAGAAACCGAGAACAUGGCCGACUCUUUUCUUGAUGGCGCUGUAACCCUGGAUGGCUUCAUUGACGAGUAUCAGAGCAAGCGCAAACUGGCUCACCUGCGGAGGGUGAAGAUUGAGAAGCUCCAGGAACUGGUGAUGAAAUCGCCGGCAGUUGUCCAGGUUCCUCGUUACGCUGAACCGGUCUCCACACCCGCUCCCAUGCAGAGAGAGCCCGACAGCGCCCCAGUCCCGCAGCCCAGACGUGCCCCUCCGCUUCCCCCAAUCGCAAAUGCUCAGCCUCUGCCUCAACCAGCUCCAGUGUUGGGCAACCCUGCUGCCCCUUACCCACCAAUCCCACCCCGGGUGAAUCAACCCCAGCCCGGGUACCCCUCUCUUUACAUGCCAGAGUACGCCCCGCCAGUGCCACAGAGAGCUGCCCCUCGCCUGGCUCCUCAACCAGGCUUCAUCCUGCAGUGAUCUUUCGUCCACUCGAAAAAGAAACAAUCUAUGCACUGGAUGUCCGGCUGUGCCUUUUUGGAGGUCCUUCUGCCUGGGAAUAUAACGAGCAGACAUGCUGAAUCUCUGUGUAACUGGGGAUUGUUAAACAAAGAUCGUCUAGACAUUUCUACAGUUUAAAAAAUAUAUAGCGUCAGCAAUGGUACCUUUGUUUUAAGUCGCACUUUAGACUUUUUUUCCUUCUGGCAUUGAGAUCUUAUACAAGAUGUCUGGCUACUCUCUCCUACGUGACUGUGUGCUUCCCUCGGCUGUGUUGGGUGUAAAUUCGUCUCCUGUUGUUGUCAUCGUCGUCAACUCCAGUGUGAUAAGGAGCUUGCUGGAAAUCAGACGGUCGAAGCUAAAAGCUGAUUUGUGUAUCCUGGCAAUUUUAUGUAACCUUUCAUCUUUUUGUAUCUUUAAACAUUUCAUACCUGGAAAAAAAACAACUGAUUUAUCACUGGUAAUAGUGAUGAAGAUGUUAAUGUUUAAUCUUUCUAAAAAUGAAAAAGAAAAACCGUUAACGCCACUAAUUAACCAGCUUCUUUACAUCUCAAGAGAAUUUAGAAGAAUCCCAUCUGCUUCUGUAGGUUUUUUUUUUAAACUUGCCUGCAAUAUUUCCUCAAUUCAGUUCCAGUCAAAGGGAAAUUAGUAACGUAACAACAGUUAACCUGAAACCGAACUGGGAACUGCAUUCUGUUAUGUAAAUUAACAUGACGUUUCUUUGUCCUGUGACCUCAACUUCCUACCAGUCGGUGGAGCUGGACCUCACUGUGGUCUCUUUAACCUUUACUCCAUAACUCAAGAUAUUUAAGUGAAUUGCCUCUGCAUGCAACCUGUAAGAUUACAAGUGUCCUUAUAUACGUACUCAUCCCACUCACUGCUGGUUUUGGUCGUGUCCACAUUCACAUGACAGAUUGGUCCUGUUUGCAAAUUUCAGUGUUUUCCCUCCUCUUAACACGCUCGCUUUAACAUAUAAGGUGCUGUUAAUUAGCUCAUGAGCUGAAUCAGGUUUAGCGGGAGUAGGAAAACACUAAACCGUGCCCAGGGUGGGAAACCUGUGCUAUAUGCAAUACAGCGCUGAAGCAUCUUAAUGUGAAUCCUGAUCGGCUGUCUUGCCCGACAGCGUAGGAACCUGUAGCCAGUUGAGUGCUGGAUUUAAAGUGCCUAUCGGUCUUAAAUGUUUAAGAUGUUAAACAGCACAAUGUUUCAUACCUACGUAGAGAGAAGAGAGAGAGAGAGCAGCUCUCGGUUCAUUUGUGAUCAUUCAGUUACUCCAGAGCAACCUGGCUUAAGGUUUACGUAUCAGAACUUAUGGGAAUGUUGUUUAAGGUUGUCUGUUAUACUUCAUGCUUGGGAAGGAUUGUUCAGUGGUGUCGAGUGCUGACAGAGCCACCUCACCAGCAGCCAGCAUUUCCCCAGCAUGUGUAUUUUUGUACAUGGUUAUUUUUGAUUAAUCUCUCAGUGUGUAGAACUAACAUAUGGCUGUUAGACCACAGUACACUUCUAAUGUAAAAUAUACUGAUCAUUUUAUUGUAUUAGAAUGUUGUUGUAUCGAUCAUUUGGUCAAAGAUCCUGGACUGACACAUGUCUGUUUUAAGGAUAAUAAAGUAUGUGGUUAAAAAAAUUGAA